AUUGCUCAUUCGGUCCAAACAAACACGACGUACACACGCUUGCAAAAAAAAGUAUAACCAUUCAAUAGUCCAAAAUGAUCAGUGUAGUUAUUUUAGUGAGUGUUUUGUUACCAAUAUUCAGCCACGGUGUUCCUAUAGAUGAAGGAAAGAAUGCUUCAGGACUGAAGGCUCCUGAAAGAGUGGGGUUACAGGAGAUAGGUCAUGGUGAUGAUGUAGCAUUUGCUGCCACUUGGGCCGAGGUCAUCAGUGACGACCCAGAUGACCCUGUUACAGGUUAUACUGCUUAUUUAUGGGAGAUAAAGAAAGUGAAGACAUUAGUGUUCGUCAAUGGUGAACAGCAAGAGGAUGAGCCGCCAAUUGACAACGAUCAUCUACCUGACGGCAUACCGAUGAUCAUGACAGUACCAGCCAACAAACACAUCGCGUUUUUCUACAACCUGAAGAUGCAAGUUGCUUACGAGAUUAGGGUCAAAGCCUACACGAAGAAUAGAGAAGGACCCUUUUCACAAGCCAUGAGACUCAAGAUAUUGAAAAAAACAAUUACUGUGUCUUAAAAUCUUGAUAAACUGUCUAUUUGUUUUUAAGUUAGUAAUAAAAUCGUUGUUAUGCAUUUAGUCAACGCCAGAAUGGUAGUUUUUUUUUUUUUAUUUAUAUAUGAGGUAUGAAGUAAGUCGUGGUGGCCUAGCGUAAAGCACCGACCUCGCAUGUAUGUAAUUUCAAAGUAUAUUAUUAACACCAACGAUUGAUUAGAGAAAGAAAACUUCUCGAGAAAACCAGGACUGUAUAAUACAGAAAUAAUCAACCAGAAUUAAGCAAGCUAUGCUAACGCUCACUUUUCAGUAGUAAUGAACUAACUACACAAUCGCAAUACGCCAACUAAUUGACCUCUGCCUGCAUUGAAAUAAAAAUACAUAUUAUUUAUGUAAGUACGAUACAUUGGGUACAUACCAUUCACGCAAACUAGACGUCCGAACAAACAAUUGAAAAACUUUAAUAGUCAUUUUAAAAUAAGUAAUACAAGUUAAAUCAUGAAGGUUUUCUGCGUGUUCCUGUUGGUAAGCUUUUCCUAUGGUCUUCCGACGGAUAGUGAGGUGACCAAGCUGUCAGCUCCUAACUUGACACACCUUACAGCAAUGGAAUCGGAUGGUGGUUAUUCGGAGGUAAUAAAUUGGGAUGCAGUAGUUAGUGACGAUGCAUCUGAUCCCAUUGUCGGGUAUAAGGUAAACAUAUGGGAAGUUAAAAAGAUAAAAUCCACGAAAUACUCAUAUGUCAAUGGGACAUUACAAAAGACAGAAGAAGAAAAAGAACCGCCGAUUGACUUCGACAACGGUGCUGAAGGCACACCUACCGUACUCCUGACUCCUGCGAACCAAACAGAGGUCACUUACAAUAUUAAGCUCCACGUGAACUAUGAGAUCAGGAUACAAGCCUACACGAAGAGUAUUGACGGACCUCUGUCUUAUCCUGUUAGGCUACGACUUGGUUGAACUAGACAGGUUUUGUCUAAGCUUUUUUUGUUGAUAUUAAAAUGAUGUGAUUGAUCUAUGUAUUUUGGCUUAGAUGAUUCUGUUUUUACUUACCUA